GAACAAUCAUGGACAUAUUUUUUUUUCCCUUUGAAUAACAAAUAAUAGUCUUGUGUUUAAAUUUUUAUUAUUAUCUCACUUGGAAACAAUGACGUUUCCCUUUUUUUUCUUCUUCUUUUCAUUUUUUUUUUCCUUGAUAAAUAAAAUCAAGAUGAUAUUAGAUGAAGAAUAUGGAUUACUUUCACAACAACCUGAGGAAGCUUCAGAUAAUGAACAAGAAGAAGCCAUUGAAUUUAUAUCAUAUGCAGAGAGCGAUGAUGACGAUGAAGAUCCUUAUUUUAUGCCAGAACAUCAUAAACGAACAAGUACUUGGACUUUUUUAAGAUUAACAUGUGCACCUAUUCAAGUGGUUCGAUUCCUUAUACCUGCUAUUUGUAUUAUUACUAUUAUCAUUUAUACCAUUAUUAUUGCAGUAUUAGUUGAAAAGAAAAAAAAACUUUAGAAAGAAUAAAACUAAUCAAGUGUAUUAUUAUAAAUGAAGAUAAGGUAAAUUCAUAAAAAUGUAAUGAUGAUUAACAAGUAUUCAUGUCUUUUCAAAGAAAGAAAGAAAAAAAAAAUAGUGCUCCGUAGAGCAUCCUUCUCAGAGAUUUAGUGUCAUCCUUGUGCAGGGGCCAUGCUAAUCUUCUCUGUAUCGUUCCAAUUUUAAUAAGUGACAGAGGUCCCGUAGAACAUGUCAAUUAAUUUUAACACAAAAAUUUUCUUUAUAAACCCGAGAUUUAAGAGCCUGUUGCCGACUUGUGGUAUAAUAAUUUUUCUGUUUUACCAAAAAUAAAAAAAUAAAAUAAAAAAUAAAAUAAAUUAUAAAUUAU